UCGCAUUCAUCCAGUGGUUGGUGUGGGAUCCGGUCGCGUCCUUCUCCCGCAGCAGCAGCAGCAGCUCGUCAUGGAAACCCGUCUUCCUCGUUCUGUGAUGUGAUGUGCGCUCGCCGUUUGUCAUCAUCAUUAUCGGCGCUGGCGGACGGAGCGGACACACAGAAGCGGAUUCUCUCCUCAGCUUCUCUAGAGGAUGUACCGUGUUACCGGAGGGAGACGGCGGAGAGUCUUUCCGGGGGCCCUUCCGUGAGAAACGAACGAGGACGGAGCGGAUAGACGCGGAUUUUGGACUCGAUCUGUGCGAAUGACACAAAGCGCUGGGAGGAUUUCGCUGUAUUCGUGGAGCGCUCCAGAACGUCCGUCCCGUCUCACGUGAUGCUGAGCAUGUAAAGAUCCGGACUGAGGGGUCGCCCUCCAGGGCCGUCGUCUCUCUUCAUCUGGGAUCAUGUUCUAGAGCCGACCCUGCGCAGCAACCAUGAAAGGCUUAGGGGCCAACCGUAGUCACCAUCUGUCCGACACCUGCGACCCUACUGCAGGCCCCCAGGAGCCCCUGUGUCCCUUGGCCCCGGACCCCCAUGCUGCCUUCCUCCUGAGCCCCACCGUCAACCAUUACGCCACUCUGGAUCCUCACCUCCAUCAUUUUCCUGUUUCCACCCCGACGACGCUGCAGUCGGACUGCCUGCUGCCCCUCAACAACCAGCUGGCCACCAGCAGCACCUUCCCACGCCUCCACUACACCAACCAGCCGGAGCAGAGCGACUACACACAGCAGGCUUGUGUGGUUCAGACCGGUAGUCGCUCCGGGACCCUCACGUCCUCCAUGUCCAUGGGCAUGGGUUUGGGUCUGGGACUGGGUGCUCCAGCCAUGAUCAGCAGCGGCACAGCCACCAUCUCAUCCGCGGCCGCCGCCAAGAUGAACCGGCUCCCGGCCAACCUGCUGGACCAGCUGGAGCGCCACCUACCGCUGCAGCGGGACGGCUUCAGCACGCUGCAGUUCCACCGGCGCAGCCGCGGCUCCAAGCAGCGCAGCGAGAGUCCCAGCCGCAUCCGCAACCUGGUGCAGUCCGUCCAGAAACUCUUCGCCAAGUCCCAAUCCCUGGAGGUUUCGGCGGUCAAAGGGAGCAUCACCGCGGGCCAAGCCGGCGAUGCGGCCAAAGCGACCCGGCGAAGCAAAAGCAAAGACCACGCCAAGACCGAAGGCACCAAACGCCGUCCGCGACCCAAUCUCUCAGGCUUCUGGAGCUCGGAUGACGGUUUGGAGGACGAGCCGCCGGCUCAACCCGCCACAGGCCCAUUAGCGGUGGCGUAUCGAAACCCUCUUAGCAUGAUGACGCUGGGCAGGGCCGUGUCGGACAGUCAGGCGGCUCCCAGACCGCAUCCGCAGGGCUACAACACCAUCGCGGCGCAUUCACUCAAAUCCUCCAAGAGCAGCGGCAACCUCAAGCCCACGGUCAGCCUGCCGCCCUCCACGGGCCAGACGGAGGAACACAUGCUUGUGAAGAGAGGCUCGUGGUCCACGCUGACACUCAGUCAGGCCCGACAGGUGCUUCAGAAGAGCUCCACCACCGUCAACCGGACCCUGCUCAAGUCCAAGUCCUGCCACGGCCAGGAGAUGACCUGCAACUUCCUACAGACCGAAGGCACCAAACGCCGUCCGCGACCCAAUCUCUCAGGCUUCUGGAGCUCGGAUGACGGUUUGGAGGACGAGCCGCCGGCUCAACCCGCCACAGGCCCAUUAGCGGUGGCGUAUCGAAACCCUCUUAGCAUGAUGACGCUGGGCAGGGCCGUGUCGGACAGUCAGGCGGCUCCCAGACCGCAUCCGCAGGGCUACAACACCAUCGCGGCGCAUUCACUCAAAUCCUCCAAGAGCAGCGGCAACCUCAAGCCCACGGUCAGCCUGCCGCCCUCCACGGGCCAGACGGAGGAACACAUGCUUGUGAAGAGAGGCUCGUGGUCCACGCUGACACUCAGUCAGGCCCGACAGGUGCUUCAGAAGAGCUCCACCACCGUCAACCGGACCCUGCUCAAGUCCAAGUCCUGCCACGGCCAGGAGAUGACCUGCAACUUCCUACAGGUGCCUGCAGGUGACUGGAGCGGGACGCUGGGUAAGGGAGGAGGCGGUGCGGGCGAGAUCCCGCCAAGCCCCCGUCCCUUCAUGCGGGAGCAGUUUGGAGUGGUGUGGUCUCCUCUGCAGAGCGCCGCCUCAGUGCCGCACCUGCACAGGCCAAGCCCCCGUCCCUUCAUGCGGGAGCAGUUUGGAGUGGUGUGGUCUCCUCUGCAGAGCGCCGCCUCAGUGCCGCACCUGCACAGGCUUGUCACUGUGGAGAUGGCGACCGUUUCCUGCACUCAUUCUCUGGUGUUUGUGUGUGUUUCUCUCAGCCGUAUGCCAUCUCUAUGCGAGGUCUCCACCAAUCGCAGCCUGGAUAACCUGGACUGUCUGAUGGGAGCGGAUGAAGCAGGUCUGCUGCAUUGGGAUGCUGAUGGGGGAUUCAGUCAGCGCUGCUCUACACUGGGACGAGGGUCCACCAUGGGCCAGGUGGAGCAGGGCUACCGGAGCAGCGCGGCUUAUAGCCAGCUGGACUCUCAGGCGGUGGAGGCCUUGGAUCUGCCCACACCCACCUGCUUCCGCUCCCGGAGCCACAGUUACCUGCGCGCCAUCCAGGCCGGAUGCUCUCAAGACGACGAUACGGGCUCCGUGGACUCCGACGAGACGCCACCUAUAUCCUCAUCCAUCAGCAGCUAUAACAGCGCCACCGUCUCCACGUGUACGGCGGUCUGUAAGAAGAAUCCUCCACCUAUUCCUCCUCGCACCACCUCCAAACCCUACAUCUCGGUGACGGUCCAGAGCAGCACUGAAUCGGCCCAGGACACGUACCUGGAUAGCCAGGACCAGCGCAGCGAGGUCAACAGCCAAUCAGGACGCAGCAACUCCUCCGACAGCAUCGCCAGCUCUCGGACAGGAAGUCUGGUCAAGGCCAAGCGGCCGCCCAUCCUGCCCCCCAUCCCCGCCCCGCGGGAACCCGUGCCCCUGCCCAGCGCGAGAGUGACCACGCCUCCUCCCGCCAUCGUUCCGCCCUCUCCCGCCCCAUACGCUAAAAACGAGCCCGCGAGCCUCACUGUGGCAUCUGGCGAACUGCAAGCCCUGCCCAAGAGAAAACUCUCGUCCAUUGGCAUUCAGGUGGAUUGUGUGCAGCCGAUUCUGAAAGAGGAACAAACUCCCACCACCAGGUUCCAGUCCAUCGGGGUUCAGGUUGAAGACGGCAGGCCACUCAGUCGCUUCACUAGCAUGGCGUCUAGACAGGAGACGACGGAGGCCGAAUCCCAGGAGCAGUCUGACGGUAAACCUUUGGAGAACAAGACGCCCAACCAGUCUCUGGACGGCGUCAGCGUUCACAAACCCCCCCGCGCGGAUGUGAUGCGCGCCGCUUCCGCCUCGCUGCAGGAGAAGCUGGAACCGGCCCUGGACCCCUCCUGCCUCCCGCCACCCGACCCGUCUCUGCAGGCUGGGAGCGGCAGCGUGAACGGGGCCGUGGAGCAGCCUGGGGGCCCGGCGUGCCUCAGGGACGGACGCUGGUUCCAGAAGCUUUUGCAGGCCGAGACGGACCGCAUGGAGGCCUGGUGUCAGCAGAUGGACCAGGAGACCAAAGACAAACAGCUGUCAGAGGACGUGUUGGGGAAGGUCCGCAGUGCCGUCGGCAGCGCUCAGCUCUUAAUGUCUAAGAAGUUCCAGCAGUUUCAGGGUCUCUGUCAGCAGAACCUGGAUGCGAGUGCUCAGCCGCGGCCCACAGCGCAGGAUCUGGCCGGGUUCUGGGAUCUGCUGCAGCUCUCCAUCGAGGACAUCAGCAUGAAGUUUGACGAGCUCCACCUCCUCAGGUCCAACGACUGGAAGAUGUCUGAGACACAGGACAAAAAGGAGGAGAAGAAGUCCGCUCACACCCCAAAGAAGACGGUAAAGGUCAAAACCUCCGGAGGGAAGGAGAAAAGCAGCGACUCGGUGGCCGACAAGCAGCGUCAGGAGGCCAGAAAGCGGCUGAUGGCGGCCAAGCGAGCGGUUUCUGAACGACAGAACUCUGCCACCGAGAGCGCCGAAAGCAUUGAGAUCUACGUCCCCGAGGCUCAGACGCGACUCUAAUAAACCACAAAAUAACAAACUCCUCACGAGCAGACUCUUUAGCGCUCACGGACUCGUGCAGCGUCGUGUGGCGAACCGCCGAAAACAACGAGCAAAAAAUACAAAAUAGAAAGAGCAAAAAACUGAAUUUGAACGCUAGCGUGUCACCGCUGCCACAGAAGAACCUCCCCCUUGACAUUAAUUUCUAUGGCUACUCUUGUAAUAAUUAUAAAAGUUAGUUAUCUCAUGGAAAUAUAUCAAGACUUCGUCUGAAAAUUGUGCUAAUAUCUCUGAUGAAAAAACCUUCGUUCAGAUCUCAGACCCUUUACACGCGUCACAUGACCCGCUUCACACGUCACAUGACCCACGGACGCCCCUCCCACAGCAUGCACUCAGGAUCCCGCACGUGUGCACUUGUCUUUCAUCAGCCCAGUCUUCCUGUUCUCACAAACCUUUCGAUUUCCUUUUCCCACCAGUUUUUGGAGCACGAUUGCGUGACUCUCUCACUUGAAUGGAAAUGUUUCGACGGAACUACGGAUACUUGAAGCGAAUCGCCGUAGGACGUGGUAGAAUAGCACAGCAGAAGCGGAUUUUAGCACUCCACUAGUUUUGUUUGAUUCACUCCAGUAAAGUUUAACGCAGAAACACUCAUGCAGCUUGUUUUAUUUGUCUCGUAAAUGUGCACUGAGCACGUCAAGCCAUCCAUCUGUCAGUUUCUCGUUAUUUAAUAGGGUUAAAACAUGACCACUCGGCUUUGUUUUUAUGAUGAAUGUUUUAAAAACUCAAUGACAAUGUCCAGAUUUUUACUUGGGCCAACAGUCUGUUUGUUUUGUAAUAUUAUUAUUAUUAAUGUUAUUAUAAUUUUCAAGCUUUCAGUUGUGUUUUUGUUGUCCAGUCAUUCCAUGUGUUUCCGGAUGAUUUGGGAUCGGUUCCAGCCGUGUGUCUGUGUGCGUGUGACCAAUCAGAGCCCGUCAUUUGUGAUCGAAGAUGUUUUUAAUGAUUAUUUUCUGUCCGAUAUUAAAAAUGUCCGUUACCCAGAACUUGCUGAUUUGGAAAAGUUGUUUCAGAUUUCCACACAAGGAGCCCAGAAGUGUCAGUAUUUACACUAAUGGUUUACUUCUAGUUAGCUGUGCAUAUUAAAAAGAUUUGAACACA